AUGAAGUCAACUGAUAAAACAACACCACCAGAUGAGGAGAGGGCAGGUGAGCUCAGCUCGCCUGCAGUAAUCGUUUUUGAGAGCCCUAGUGGCUCUGGUGCCCAUGGGGAAUCCCCCAUACGAGCGCCAAAUCGGAGGACGUCGGACUCGGAGUCUGACGCCCCACCCGUAUCCGACGCGAGCGUUAGGUCAAAGCGCCUAACGCGAGCGUCAUUUAAGCGUCCCAGAUUGGAGGAGGACCAGGAGGGACUGGCGUUGUCCUCCAUUACGCAGGAGGCACCAGCCCCAAAGAUCUCUACGGCCGCAAGGGGUAAGGGCAAGGGCAAGGGCUGCAAGAGGUCGGCAGCCACUGCCCGCACCGAGACAGCCAACCGACUGUCAGAUUCCUCCAUAGUGGACGUGACUUGUGUCGAGGGUUCAGAGGCUGAACAUGACCCCAUUGGUCUCCGCCAGACCAUCAAGGAGGAGCUCCGCAGGGUGGCUGCAAAGAAAUCCCAGCCUGCCAGAAACGAGCAGAUGAAGUCGGCGGAGACCACCAUAAUGACAGCGGUCUUUAAACGGUGCGGGGUGCCCUCAGCUGAAAAAGUCCACAGUGAGCUGGCCAUAAUGCGGCAAGAACUGGCGCGGUUGUCGGCCUCUAAUGCGGCUCUGGAGGCCGAGCUUCAGGCAACCAAGGCUGAACUCGCCGCUUCACGUGGAAGCCGACCCCAGCCCAUGUCGGAGUCUGACAUGCUCGGACUGAUGCGGCGGGAGAUGGCUGCUUUCCGGCAGCGAUUUGACGUGCUGGAAAGUAAGGUCCUCCGUCCACCACUAGCAGCGAGUCAGACGGCCUCGCGGUCAUAUGCGGCUGUUGCGGCCAAGCCUUCGACCUCUUCCGGUCAGACUGGCCGCGACACUCAACCGCCGGCGAGGGCAAGAGCGGCUCCUCCUGCGAGGGCCCCGGUGCCUCCACUAGUUUCGGUGGAGCCACCACCGAAUGCGCCAAUAGGGCGCAGAAAUAAAAGAAGAGGGGGAGUAACGGCUCAGCAGGCCGUUGGCCCGGUCACAGUUAUGCCUGUCCCGCCGGCAAGAGAUCUCAGUGGUGGCGAGUGGCAACUAGUCGGCGACGCGAGGAGGGUCGCCAAAGAAGGCAGGAAGCGCCGCAAAAAAGCGCAGCGGCAGCGGCGCCAGCAACAGCGCAAAGAGAAGGGCAAGGGCAGGCCCUCCGCCACCCCCGUCGUUUCCACCGCCGCCGCCGCCGCCGCCGCCGCCGCGGUCGCCACUACUACCGCCGCCGUAGCCACCGCCGGCUGUAAUGCUGCCAGGGAGGAGGUCGUGAUGGAUUGCCAGUAA